GUCCCCAGCUACAACUGUAGCACGUGGGAAUUUGUCAAAAAACAUAUUCGCAGUUAAAUAUUUUUUAUAUUUUUAGGCAGUAAAGUUAACAACAAAUUUUCAAAAUGUCUAAUAUGUACAAUUUCAAAAAAAUAGCUGUAGUUCCUACAGCAAAGGACUUUAUAGAUAUUAUAUUGUCAAAAACACAAAGGAAAACACCUACGGUAGUCCACAAACAAUAUAAAAUCACAAGAAUAAGGGCUUUUUAUAUGAGAAAAGUUAAAUUUUCCCAACAAAGUUUUCAUGAUAGGUUAACACAAAUUUUGACUGAAUUCCCCAAACUGGACGACGUCCAUCCCUUCUACGCCGAUUUGAUGAACGUUCUGUACGACAAAGACCACUACAAAUUAGCUCUGGGUCAAUUAAAUACAGCGAGGCAUUUAAUUGAUAAUGUAGCCAAAGAUUAUUGCAGACUUUUGAAGUAUGGAGACUCACUUUACAGGUGCAAACAGCUUAAAAGAGCUGCUUUGGGACGUAUGGCUACCAUCAUGAAAAGGCAAGCAGCUAAUUUGUCUUAUUUAGAACAAGUCAGACAACAUUUGGCUAGAUUGCCAUCCAUUGAUCCUUAUACAAGAACUAUUAUUAUUUGCGGUUUCCCAAAUGUCGGCAAGUCCUCCUUUAUCAACAAAAUCACAAGAGCCGAUGUUGAAGUUCAACCAUACGCCUUCACAACAAAAUCGUUAUAUGUGGGACACACAGAUUACAAAUAUUUGCGUUGGCAAGUCAUCGACACACCCGGUAUAUUAGAUCAUUCUCUCGAAGAAAGAAAUGUUAUCGAAAUGCAGGCUGUUACAGCCCUGGCACAUCUUAGGGCUUGUGUUUUAUACUUUUUGGAUCUGUCUGAACAGUGUGGACAUAACUUAGAUGAACAAGUAAAACUUUUUGAAUCAAUCAAACCAUUAUUCGCUAACAAACCUCUUUUGCUUGUUGCAAAUAAAUGUGACAUUAUCAAAUUAGAUGAAUUGCCAAAGGAAAAAAGGAAAGUUCUUAAAGAGAUUGAAGAAGAUAAACAAUUGACUGUUAUAGAAAUGUCGACAGUUGAUGACACUGGUGUGAUGGAAGUUAAGACUGAAGCUUGUGAGAAAUUGUUGAGUUUCAGAGUUGAUCAGAAGAUGAGAUCCAAAAAGGUUGAUGGUGUACUAAAUCGUUUACAUGUAGCCACACCUAAGCCCAGAGAUGAUAAGGCCCGUCCUCCUUGUAUCCCCGAAAGCGUUUUAGCUAAGAAACAAUUAUUAGGAGAAAAACGUAAACGAAAACUUGAAAGAGAUAUUGAAAUUGAAGAGGGAGAUGACUAUGUUCUAGAUCUUAAGAAACAUUAUGUUGAUAUACCAGAAGAAGAAAGACAUGAUAUCAUACCAGAAUUUUGGGAAGGUCAUAACAUUGCUGAUUACAUUGAUCCCGACAUUUUCGAAAAAUUGGCAGAAUUGGAAAAAGAUGAGGAAUUCAGGGAAGAAACUGGUAUGUAUGUGGUACCUAAGAUUGAACUCGAUGACACCAUGAAAGAGAUUAAGAAAUUGGCUCUCCAAAUUAGACACAAGAAGGCUAUUAUUAAGGAUGAGGCGAGGGUUAACAAGCAAAGUAGGAAACCUGUUAUGCCAAGAACAGCUGGAGCUAAGGUUAGAGGAAGAUCAGCUUCAAGACUUCGUGAAAACAUGGCUGAAUUGGGUGUUGACCUUUCUGACAAUGAAGAUGCUCAUUACAUGAAUACUAAGCAAAGAAGCAGAUCCAUGGGUCCACCAGCCAAGAAGAUGAGGAUGGAAGUAAGCGAUAGUACCUCUCUCAACAGAUCAAGAUCUUUGUCGAAACCUCCAAGGAAUGAAAUGGGUGUGAAAGAUGUUGCCAUGAAGAAGAAACUGGCCAAGAUUGCCCACAGAGCUAUAGCUAAGAAGGUCAAGAAGAUGGGAUUGAAGGGUGAAGCAGACAGGUUCAUUGGUAACAAAAUGCCCAAACAUUUGUUCUCAGGAAAGAGAGGAGUAGGAAAAACAGACAGGAGAUAAGUUAAAGAACAUAUACUGGAAGAAAAAUGAUUCGUGUUGGAAGUGUGUUUUGGUAUGACCAUAAAAAUUAUGAAUGGUGUUGUUAUUUUAUUAUAGAACAUGAUUAGAUUGUUUGUUUGUAAUUUUAUUCAUAAUAAAUAAAAUUUGAGCCUU